CAAAUGUUCUCUUGGUUUAUCAUUCAAAGUUUAGGCUGUGCUCAACACACAGAUUUCUACCACAUUCAUUUACGAAUAUAUACUCUUGUACACAACAUGUGUAUUCACAAACACAUAAUAUAAAGACUCGAUGAUAUAAUGUUCCAUCGUUCCUUGUACCCUCUCAGUAUGGAAUUUAUAUAUAUUUUAUAUUCUGCGCGCUAAAAUUAGGACUGCAAAUUAAAAAUUGGGCUGUCUGCUAGGAGGAACUGCUGGAAUCGAUUACCAGAAGCCUUGAUGUGCGAGCAUCUCAAGAGAACGCGUUACCAAGUUAUUUUUAGACUGUGUGUAACACAGCGCUUGUAGGCACCCAAGAGCCCGCACGCCAAGCCACAUCUCGUAUGGCAACCAGCCAGACCCCGUCAGCUAUCGCUCGCAUGGCAACCAGCCACUAUCAGCAGGAUAGUGUGAGCUCACACGGCAACCAGUGAGCGCUCAACUAUCUCUCCUGCCCCAGCCAGCGCUCACAUGGCAACCAGUGAGCGCUCAACUAUCUCUCCUGCCCCAGCCAGCGCUCACAUGGCAACCAGUGAGCGCUCAACUAUCUCUCCUGCCCCAGCCAGCGCUCACAUGGCAACCAGUGAGCGCUCAACUAUCUCUCCUGCCCCAGCCAGCGCUCACAUGGCAACCAGUGAGCGCUCAACUAUCUCUCCUGCCCCAGCCAGCGCUCACAUGGCAAACAGUGAGCGCUCAACUAUCUCUCUUGCCCCAGCCAGCGCUCACAUGGCAACCAGUGAGCGCUCAACUAUCUCUCCUGCCCCAGCCAGCGCUCACAUGCGAGCCAAGUUGCCAAUAUCCACACUCAGUCCUCUCAUCGCUCGUACAACUUGACUGGUCGCACGGCACCAGUGGUCGCCUGAGUUAGCAGCUAGUAGUAAUAGUAGUAGUGAACGCCACUAGUUUCACUCCAAAAAAUUAAGAGGACUUCAUAGGUAGUUUUGAAUUAAUGCACAGCACUAUUUUAUCAACAAGUACCCAAUAACAAGGUUUCGGCUCUGUAUAUUUAGAGUGUUUUAAAACGCGUAUAUAGGGAGAGGAGUCAGUGGGUACGCGGUGCAGCUGUUGAUAGUGAAGCUUGGUAAUUGUUUUUGUUGGUGGAGGAGGCGGCCCGCCCGAGGGGACCCGAGUCCGCCCGAGCCCCGCCACGCUCACAACACUCACCCUGCCAUAUACUCACUCACACAUACAACCUAUUACCACCUAAUCUUUUAAAUCCAACACAUUUCUCACAUUCUUACUUGUUUGUAUUUGAAUAUGAAAAUACAGGUUGAAGAUUGAUACUAGGGGGAUGAGGGUGGAUGAAUAUAAGAGAUAAAUAUGUGAGAUGUGGCAGAGGGUGAAAGUGCGGGUCGUGCGGUGUGAUUGGUGGAGGGCUGGUGACGUCACGCGCCGCCCGCCACCUUUGUUGAGACUCAAUGGAAGAGCAGCGAGGCGCGGCGCCACACUCCCUCGCUCCCGCACUUAGCCACAGUUGUACACUUCUCGACUGGCUCCGGCAAGAAAUCGCCGAGCACAUAUACCACAGUAGGUGUCGGUAACAGAGGGAAGUACGCAGAGCUACUCAUUGAUGACGAGCAGGCGGCAGGAGGUGAGAGGUGUUGGCUUGUUGUUGAGGGCUGUGGUGGCAGCGACGCCAUCUUGGGAUAGAGCCACCUUCAAAAGGCUCUUGUGUCGGGAGUGGCGGCUCAGUCUGUACUCUUGCCCCUACUGAAGUGUACACCAGUCACAAGACCGUACAUGUUUUACCAGGAGACAGUGAAGAGAGUACCCGCGAUAAAGCUUUGAAGACUAACCAUUUUGGAAGCACCAGAAUUAUUGCCAACAAUUGUGUGUGUAGAGAGAAGAGUGGAAGCAUCACCAUGGCUGGCACCAGGACGCUCCCCACCAGCAGCAGCACCAGCAGCCUGCAGCCCACCACACGGCUGGCCAAGGUGCAGCACAAGCACCUGGAGGGUGUUCCUUGUACAUCACAACAGGCAACGGCAUCCAUUCGACCAGGAAAACGCCGGCACCAGGCCACAGUCUCUCCAAUUACUGCACGCAAUGAGAGCAGGUCACCAAGGGCUAAGCAGAGGCCAGUUCCAAGCCAGCAGAGCCCACCUACUAUCAGUGGUGCUCCAGUUGUUGCUACUGCUACAGCCAUUACCAUCACCAGCAUUAGUGGCCGACAAAGAACCGAAUCUUGUAGUGGCUCUGUUAGUCCAUCCCAGCUUGCAGUGCCCCGUGUAUCAGCUGAACCACCCUGCCCAUCCAAGCUGCCCAUGCCACCCAUGCAUUGGAUGGCUGGAGAGAACAAGAAGUGUCCAGCCCAGAGGCAACGGUGUCGGGCUGUUACAGAGUCGCUAGUUUCUCAUUUAACCAACUCUGGCAUUUUGGUAACAGCUUAGUGGUGCUGGGAGACAGGGCAGCUUUGCCGGCAGGGUGGCGGGGCCACUGUAACGUGGAGGGGAGAGCGGGGCCGCAGUCUGGACUGUAAACCGCCCCCUCCACCAGGCCACAUCCUCUGCACCGCUGUCCGUGCCAGUUUCCUCGAGAAACUGUCCAAGUACUAUAUGGUGAAAGUCAAAAGGUUGACGAUCAUAGCGUGAACUGGAAACCACAAUGUUCUUGUUCUGUGAUACUGGUAGUGCUUACUGGCUUUACUGUCCGUGUCACGCAAAGUGAAUUCACUGUUGUUGUUCCCACUGCGUGAUGAUGUGUCCUAGCCAGCAAUAACUGGGAUCAUCAUGAGCAAGCAACCCAAUGUCCUGUAUUUUAGUAGAAUCACAUGCUGCAUUGUGGACUUGUUAAAUUCUCUUUUUUUUUUCUGGAGGAUUUGAAUAGAAAUUCUAACUUUUCCUGUUGGCUUUCUUGGGAGAAAAUUGGCUUUUAGCAAAAGAUUUGGGUUUCCAAUGUUUUGGAAGAUUUAUUUAAAAAAAGGCUGUCUUAAGUUAUGAAACUUAUAUCAUGGCAUUUCCACAAUAUUACAAACAAUCAUACUGUUCAAUGUGUUAAGUAAUGGUUUCCUUGUGCAAGUUAAAUGUACAGUAUUCAGUUCAAUGCUCAAUUUUUGGCAGGCAGAAUUUGUCUAGAAAGUGGUGUUGAUUGUUUGUAAUUGGUCAGCAGUGCUCAUUUAGUGUCCUAUUGUCUGCAGUUGCAUCUCAGACAAAAAUAGUAUUUAGAAGCUAAUAUUUUAUUAUAAUUAUUUUGUGGACGUAAGAUGCCAUGAAAGGCAUUUCAUUAUUUUUUCCUUGUGUAUGUUAAAAGUAUUUUACAGUUAAUCAGCAAGUUCUUUGAGUUGGUAAAGUAGUGUAUCAAAUUGGACAGUUUAACAGUGAACAGUAGUUUGGUAUGAUGAGUCGUUGAACCUGCCAGUGUCCACAAGGUAAUUAAUUGUUGUGAGUGGCAAGGGUUAGUGUUUCAGCACGCUAGGAGCAUUGGCGGUGGGAAUCCUCCGUGAUAUACGGUGUACCACAGUACUCUAGUCUUGAGGCCCAACCAGCCACACUCCAACCUACAGAAUUUGUAUAGACUAUUUUUAUUAUGCCAGUUUUUUAUUAAGAUUCUCCUAUAACCGGUUGCCCACUUCAUGUAUAUUAUAUAAUUAUUUUAUUGAUCCAAAGGUUUGGACCAACUUUAUAUAUGGAUGCCAUGUUCAUGAUGUGGCACAAUGUUUUGCUGUAAUGUGCCACAAUGGGCAGUACUGCUUGCGAAGAACUGGAGAUAUUUACUGAUGAAUUUUAGUAUGGAAUAUUUGCAUUGUCCUGUACUUGCCCACCGAGUGAUUAGCGUUAAGGAUCUGUGAUCUCAGAGCAAUUAUUUAACUGAAUUAAUAGACUCAAGCUGGAUCCACAUUCCAGUGUUCCAAGGGAGUGACCCCCUCAGUACAAAUCCCUUGGGGUUGCAUCCCUGCACAUUUCCUGCUUGAAAUGUGAUCACCGACAUAAGUGCACAAUGCUCAGGAGUCUGAUAAAUUGUAGGAUGAACUGAAAAUAGUGGCACAACAAAUAUACUGCAAGUACUCGAGUUGUAGGCUAAGAAGAGCAGUAUACAGUCUCUCACUUGGGAAUUGGAGACUGUAGUAUGAAGACACGAGACUUUAUCUCUGAUGUCCUCCACUAUAGGCACAAUUACUCAGGUGGAGGCCCAGUCCUGCUUUAUUUGAUAUUAUAGAGGGAGAAUUGUUCUCUUGUUGAGUAGAUCUCAGUGGAGGCUUCCACUUCACUUUUUAGUGGGAUCCUCUUAAUUGUUUGUAUAUUGAACCAAAGCAUUUUAUCACCAUCUCAUUUGUAAGUGCCCCAGUGGUGUUAGCACCCAGUAAUACUUAGCUCUACCUCAUGUCAAGUUUGAUGGAUAUUUGAAUGCAUAUCAUAGUUUGGUUACUCGAGAGCUGUCAUAUUUGUAAACACUCCCCUGCCACAAAGGCACCUAAGCAAGCUUCCAUGCAUGUGGCUUUGCCAGUGGAUGGGUGGUGUCAGAAAAGCUCUAUUGUAAUGUUGCUGUGUAACGUGCUGACCACAGAGGGCAGAGUGCCACAUAAGUCACCGAGUCCGAGGGCUUCCUACACCUGAGGACGUGACGCCUGUUGCUUAGCAUUAAGUGUCGCUGUUUUGUAGUGUCCCAUGCAUGAGGACAAGCCUGACUGCAACCGGUUAUAGGAGGAUAAAACGAAACACUAACACGCCCAUGGUGGUGGUAAAAUAAUUGACGACAGUUUUGAGGGUUUUAGGGACCAUGAGUUCCAGCUAAUCACCGCAAAACUGUCGUCAACACUGCCACCACCUCCACCAAGGAGACUUGAAGAUUUAUAUGUCUGUGAUACUGCCAUCAGCUUCAACUCUCCUCCAAAAUGUAAAUCAGAUUUAUUUGCCAUUCAUGGCAAGCUCCUAAGAUAUCACCAUUGGUUAUGGUACAAAGAAUCUAUUUCAAGAGUCUUAUUUGACAACAAAAUGAUAAGCAAAAAAAAUUUAAGUAUUCUAAGUUAAUGAUGUACCUGAUACAGGUGUGAUUGGAGUUCUCAUAUCAUGAGACCUCUCUUAGUCGUAUCCCUAACCUUCAUCCUUAAUCCAUCCACGGGGUUGUUACCCUCAUUGUUAUCCGUGAGAUAUGUCUCUUAACAUCAGCCCCUCUGGCACAUUUGGAUCUAACUAUAGUCAUGUAACUUUGUUUCAACAUUUCAUUAUUUUCAAAUUUUUUCCAAAGUAUCCCAAUCUUCUGGGAAGGUCUCA